AAUUGACUUGAUGGCACUAACAACAACUCUUUCUCUAGAGGAAGUAAAAGGAGCAAAGGCGAACCCCACUGCAAGGGACCACGAGGCAAUGCCAGAACGAGGGAGUUGGAGUGACCUGGGUGAUUCUGAGUGAGUCAGUCAGGGAGGCCUUCCUGGAGGAGGCUGAGGCUCCAAGGUGUGGCCACCACGACGUAUUGAGUUAUUUCCAGGGUCGAGCCCACACGCAGAGCUGACCCAGCCGGGGUCCCCGUUGGUUCCAGAGGAUGAGGCUCCUCCGCAGACGCCACAUGCCCCUGCGCCUGGCCAUGGUGGGCAGUGCCUUUGUGUUCUUCCUCUUCAUCCUGCAGAGGGACGUAAGCAGCAGGGAACAGGCCACAGAGACACCAUGGCUGAAGUCCUUGGUCAGUCAGAAGGAUCACGUCCUGGACCUCAUGCUGGGGGCUGUGAACAACCUUAGGGAUUCGAUGCCCAAGCUCCAGAUCAGGGCUCCGGAGCCCCAGGAGACCCAGGUCUCCACAAACCGGUCCUGCCUCCCCGGGUUCUAUGCUCCAGCUGAGCUGAAGCCCUUCUGGGAACGGCCACCACAGGACCCCAACAGCCCCGGGGCAGACGGAAAAGCAUUUCAGAAGAGCGAGUGGACCCCCCUGGAGACUCAGGAAAAGGAAGAGGGCUAUAAGAAGCACUGCUUCAAUGCCUUUGCCAGUGACCGGAUCUCACUGCAGAGGGCCCUGGGGCCAGACACUCGACCCCCUGAAUGUGUCGACCAGAAGUUCCGGCGCUGCCCCCCACUGCCCACCACCAGCGUCAUCAUUGUGUUCCACAACGAGGCCUGGUCCACGCUGCUGCGGACAGUGUACAGUGUCCUACACACCACUCCUGCCAUCCUGCUGAGGGAGAUCAUUCUGGUGGAUGAUGCCAGCACUGAGGAAUACUUAAAGGAGCAACUGGAGCAGUACGUGAAGCAGCUGCAGGUGGUGAGGGUGGUGCGGCAGGAGGAGCGGAAGGGGCUGAUCACCGCCCGACUGCUGGGAGCCAGCGUGGCCCAGGCAGAGGUGCUCACCUUCCUGGACGCCCACUGUGAAUGCUUCCAUGGCUGGCUGGAGCCCCUUCUGGCUCGCAUCGCUGAGGAAAAGACAGCGGUGGUGAGCCCGGACAUCGUCACCAUUGACCUUAACACUUUUGAGUUCUCCAAGCCCGUCCAGAGGGGCAGAGUCCAUAGCCGUGGCAACUUUGACUGGAGCCUGACCUUCGGCUGGGAAACUCUACCUGCACAUGAGAAGCAGAGGCGCAAGGAUGAGACCUACCCCAUCAAAUCCCCGACGUUUGCUGGUGGCCUCUUCUCCAUCUCCAAGUCCUACUUUGAGCACAUCGGUACCUAUGAUAAUCAGAUGGAGAUCUGGGGAGGGGAGAACGUGGAAAUGUCCUUCCGGGUGUGGCAGUGUGGGGGCCAGCUGGAGAUCAUCCCCUGCUCUGUGGUGGGCCACGUGUUUCGUACCAAGAGCCCCCACACCUUCCCCAAGGGCAUCAGUGUUAUUGCUCGCAACCAAGUGCGGCUGGCUGAGGUCUGGAUGGAUAGCUACAAGGAGAUUUUCUACCGGAGAAAUCUGCAGGCAGCAAAGAUGGCCCGCGAGAAAUCCUUUGGUGACAUUUCUGAGCGACUGCGGCUGAGGGAACAACUACACUGUCGCAACUUCUCCUGGUUCCUGCACAACAUCUACCCGGAGAUGUUUGUCCCUGACCUGAAGCCCACCUUCUAUGGAGCUAUCAAGAACGUCGGCAUUGAUCAGUGCCUAGACGUGGGUGAGAACAACCAUGGAGGGAAGCCCCUCAUCAUGUACGCCUGCCACGGCCUUGGCGGCAACCAGUACUUUGAGUACACAACCCAGAGGGACCUUCGCCACAACAUCGCAAAGCAGCUGUGUCUACAUGCCAGUGCUGGCACUCUGGGCCUUAGGAGCUGUCACUUCACUGGCAAAAAUAGCCAAGUCCCCAAGGAUGAGGAGUGGGAAUUGACUCAGGAUCAGCUCAUCAGGAACUCAGGAUCUGGUACCUGCUUGACGUUGGAAGACAAAAAGCCAGCCAUGGGCUCCUGCAAUCCCAGUGACCCCAACCAGCACUGGCUCUUCAUCUAGGCCCUGGAUCAUCCUCCGUGGGAGUUCCCACAAGCCUCUCAGGAAACAGGAUUUUUGGGAACCUGAUCAUCAGCUUCUCUGUAGGCCUUAAAAGAUGGAUUUCUAAGCCCAAUGGAUGUCAAGGCGGGACUUUCCUACUCCUUGCAACAACAUUGGGCCCAUUUUCUUUCCUCCACAUUGAUGGAAAGGACCAUUAGAACACAUAAUACUUGGCCUAGAGCUUUCCUUCUAUCCUAUAAACAGAGACUUCCAAAGCAGGGAAGGCAGCUGGCAUGGGGCCAAGGCCAGAAAUGCUGAAUUCAAGAAAAGUACCUCUGCAGCCACGUCCUGAAUCCCUGGUCAUCUAGAGCACCCACAGAAUCUGGUGAAAUAGUACAUUCUAACAGAGGGGUUAGAGGUCUCAAAGAGUCUAAUAUUACCUGAAGUUUGUAGAGCCGUUUACAGUUUACAGAAAGCACCCUGACAGGAAUCCUUUACCUCACUUCAUCUGCACAACAAUCCUGUGAGAAAGACAGGACAGGAACCACCAUGCCCAUUUUACAGAUAAGAAAGCUGAGGCAGAGAGGGGUAAAGGCGCUUGUCUAUAUCCCACAGCUAGUGGAUGGCUGGAGCCAAGACUGAGGCUCAAUCUUGAAUGCUGAAUCAGGGCUCCUUCCACCACACCACAAGAA